GUUAAUAAAUAAUUUCUUCAAAUAUGAGUUAUCAGUAUGGCUAAUAAAUGGGCUAAUACCCCUAUGAUCCAAAUAUGAAUAUGGUAAGAUUAUAUUUUAUGUUAGAUGGGCUUUGAUCCUUAAAUGUAUUAAGAAUAUGCCUACUAUUAUUUAGGAGGACCCCCUACUCCUCCUCCUCCUAAGGGACCUUACCCAGGAAUUACUCAUGAAGAUUAUGAGUCAUUUGAUAUUAAUAAACAAAUUUUGUUUUAAAGAUUUUUAGGUGAGACAGCAGCCUAUUAUGCCAAGCACUUACCAAAAUAUUAAAAAGAGAUGGAGGAGUUUUUGAAUACCAAUACUGCUUAUCAAAUGAAUGAGUCGGAGAAAUAACUUAUGCAAAGCUACUUGGAUUUUAAGAAAAAAGAAAAGGAGUAUGAAUCUUUUCUGAAGUAAUUGGAGUAAUCAACAUAAGCACCGAAUCCUGAAUUAGAAUAAUAAAAAAAAUUAGAAUAAUAAAAAUUAGAGCAACAAAAGAUUGAAUAACAAAAGUUAGAAGAAUAAAAGAAACAACAGCAAUUGGAAUAAUAGAAAUAAUAAUAAUAACAAUAAUAAUAACAACCAUAGUAAGAAUAACCUAAAGAAGGAGCUACAACUACAGUUCGUCCUAAAAAGAAGUUAAACUUAAAUGCAAAACCAUUAGAAAUUGCUUUAAAUCCUCCAAAAAUGCCAAUCUUCCCUAAACAUCCAGACUUUUUAGAUUUUGAUAAAUUUUGGAAUAAUUACUCAACAUACAUGAGUUUUUAUAACCCAAGUUGUGAAGAUGAGUAUAAAAAUUAUCCAAAGCCAGAAUAAUUGAAAAAGAAGGAAGCUGAUGAAGAAGCUAAAAGAAAAAAGAAACAAGAAGAAAUUGAAAGAGCAAUUAAAAGUAUAAAUUAGUUUUCAUUAUAAUAGAACGUCAAGAUGCUUAAGAAAGAGCUAAAGAUAAACCAACUUAAUCUGUAAAUCUUGUGGAACAAGUUGUGAAGUUGGAAGGAGAAGUGGAUUUGCAGAAAUAUGUAGAUGUAAGAAUUUCUUGUAAACUUAGCCUGAUGAAACUAGGCAGCCAGUUAAUUUAGUAUUUAUUGGACAUGUAGAUGCUGGUAAAUCCACCCUUUGUGGAAGAUUGUUAUUAGAAUUAGGUGAAGUGAGUGAAGCAGAUAUUAAAAAAUAUGAAUAAGAAGCAGUUUAAAACAAUAGAGAUUCUUGGUGGCUAGCUUAUGUUAUGGAUCAAAAUGAAGAAGAAAAAUAAAAAGGAAAAACUGUUGAAUGUGGAAAAGCCUAAUUCGUUACUAAGCAAAAGAGAUUUAUUCUUGCUGAUGCUCCUGGGCAUAAAAAUUAUGUUCCUAAUAUGAUUAUGGGGGCCUGCUAAGCUGAUUUAGCUGGUUUAAUCGUUUCAGCUAAAACAGGAGAAUUUGAAUCUGGUUUUGAAAAAGGAGGUUAAACCUAAGAACAUGCUUUAUUAGCUAAAAGUUUAGGUGUUGAUCAUAUUAUUAUUAUUAUUACCAAGAUGGACACAAUUGAUUGGAACUAAGAUAGAUUCAAUCUGAUAUCAUAAAAUAUCUAGGAGUUUGUACUUAAAUAAUGCAAAUUUGAUAAUAUUUAUGUAAUUCCUAUUGAUGCUUUAUCGGGAGCUAAUAUUAAAAACAGGGUAGAUGAAUCAAAAUGUAAUUGGUACAAAGGUCCAUCAUUGAUCGAUUUAAUUGAUACUGUUUCAAUUCCAAAGAGAAAUGAAGAAGGCCCAAUUAGAAUGCCAAUUUUAGAUAAAUUUAAGGAUAUGGGUUCCUUAUAUAUUUAUGGUAAGUUGGAAUCUGGUAAGAUUAUUGAAGGAUUGGAUGUUUCUAUAUAUCCAAAGAAGCAGCCAUUCCAAAUCACUGAAUUAUAUAAUAUGAAAGAUUAAAAAAUGAAGUAUGCUAAAGCAGGAGAGAAUAUCAAAAUUAAAAUAAAGAAUAUUGAAGAAGAAGAUAUCAAGAGAGGAUAUAUGAUGUGCAAUUUAACAUCUAAUCCAUGCUUAGUAUCUUAGGAAUUCUAAGCCAAAAUCAGGCUCUUAGAUUUACCAGAGAGCAGAAGAAUAUUUUCAGAAGGGUAUUAAUGCAUUAUGCAUCUUCAUUCUGCAGUUGAGGAGAUAGAAAUUUCAUGUGUCGAGGCAGUUAUUGAUGCUGAAACAAAGAAAUCAAUAAAAUAAAAUUUCCUCAAGUCAUUUAAUGAGGGUAUUGCUAAGAUAUCAGUAAAAAAUGUUAUAAUUUUAGAUUAAAAAUCCUGUUUGUAUGGAAAAAUAUGACACCCUAGCUUAAUUAGGUCGAUUUGCUUUGAGAGAUGAUGGAAAGUAUUAAAAACUAUUUAUUAUUUAGGACAAUCGGAUUUGGUGAAAUUUUAAAGGUGAAACCAGUUAAAUAAGGUUGAUUUUGAUUUUUUUUUAUUUUAAAAGUACAUAUGUAAACAAUAAUCC